AUGAUCGCAACGCACAUUUCGUCGUGUAACUCACAUCCUUGGAAGUUGGAUCCCGGCCCAGGCGCAACUAUCGGUGGUAUGAUGAGCUCAGGUUGCUCAGGCACGAAUGCCGUCCGGUACGGUACUGCGAAUGGCGAAUGGUUCUUGAAUGCGACGGUUGUUCUUCCUUCUGGAGAAGUCAUCAAAACUCGCCAAAGUGCUCGGAAAUCUGCAGCUGGGUUCGACGCCACGAAGUUCAAGUUGUUCAUCGGUGCCGAGGGCACUCUUGGUAUCAUCACAGAAGUAACACUUCUUUUGGUCACCAUCCGGCGAGCUCCUGUCCUGCCAACAACAGUUGCCAUCGUAUACUUCCCUGAUGUGAAGCGCGCAACGGAGGCCGUCAUCGACGUAAUCAACGGCAGCGUUGGCAUCUGUAGGUUAUCCCUUCCACAUCAAGCAGCACGCUCACCCCAGGACCCAGAAUGCGUUGAACUCUGCGACUCCGAAUUCAUGCGAUCUAUAAAUUUAUGUGGUGCAUCUCAGCGCAAAUAUCCUGAACAGGGCUCUCUCUUCUUUAAAUUCCAACGUCCAACGUCUGCUUCGAUCGCAGAGACUGCCAGGAUCGUUAAGGAAAUUGUACAGAAGCACGGCGGCACUGAUUAUCAACUUGCGCGUACCGAGAAGGAAGUCCUUGACCUGUGA